AUGGCCGGCGUAGUGCGACCUGAUAGCAAAGUUCUUGGUGUCGUUGUGCUCGUUAGACACGGGGAUCGGUCAAGCUUUUACCAGAACGCGGCCGACUACACCCCCGCGAACACGAUCAUCACCCCCCUUGGAAAUGUUCAAGAAUAUCUACUCGGACAGAACCUGAGGAGCAUUUACCUCACCUCCAACUCCUCGUCUUUCAUUUCGACGAUCAACAGCGACGUCGUGGACCAUGACCAGAUACUGGUCCGCGCCGACGGAGGGGGUGAAGGUGGUGUAAUCUUCAACUCGGCGGUGUCACUUCUCCAGGGAUUGUUCCCUCCUACGUUGAAUUAUGACAUGACUCUUGCUAACGGAACGACCAUUGUUGGCCCAAUGGGAGGAUAUCAGUCGGUGCCGAUCGAAUCCGUUGAGCCCGACAACGACAUCUCUCUCGAAGGAUGGACGGAUUGCAAUGCGUUCUCGAAAGCGACCAAGGCAUUCUACAAUUCCGACGUGUUCAAGGCUAAGGCAUCUGAGAAUACCGAUUUCCUCCAAUCGCUCCGUCCUUACCUCGAUGACAGGCCGAUUACCUUCGAAAACAUGUGGAACAUUUUCGACUACAUGAACGUUCAAUCCCUUCAUAACAAGACGUUCCUAGAUUCCCUACCGCCAACUUACCUUGCACAGGCCAGGCACCUCGCCAAUUUCCACCAGUACGGCGUUUUCAGCUCGGUUCAACCAAACGGAAUUGGCAAUAUUGCUGGACAAACCACCUUGCCUUCGAUCCUCGAAGGUGUCCAAAGGAUCGGCAGCUCAAGCGAUCCUCUUAAUUUCGUGUACCAGGCCGUUUCUUACAAACCUUUUAUUUCUCUGUUCAACAUAACCCAAGCUGCAGAGAUGAAUCCUGAGUUGGCCGGUAUUGUCAACUACGCCGCUGCCAUGGUGUUCGAAGUUCGCGAGUCCGACUCCGGUGGAGAGCCUGUCAUCAGAUUCAAUUUCAAGAAUGGCACAGAAGACUCAUUCCGCACCUACAAUUUCAUGUCAUCGACCGACGAUAUCCCUCUUUCAACCUUCGUCAAUACCCUCGAGCCCUUUGGAUUCGAUGACCUCCCCACCUGGUGCAAUGUGUGCGGUAACACCGAAGACCGAGGAUGUGCAGAGUUGGUUGCCGCCGCAUCCCGAGCAUCUCAAGCAGCACGCUUGGAAUCCAAGCCUGCUAUCAGCGCGGUCGGCGCUGGUUUCAUCGGCGCUGGUGUUACUAUUGUGGUCCUGUUCGCCAUGCUCGGCGUCUUCACCUUCCUUGGGCUCCUUACCGUGGGCUUUGGCAAACGCAAGGCUAAACGUGGAAAAUAUGGAUACGAUACCGAUUCCACCGAAAAAUCAUAA